AUGGAGUUCAGCAGCAAACAACGAUUUAAAUUCCUGGUUAUUGCCGUUGCCUUUUUGGCCUGCGCCUAUGCCGAUGUCUCUGAAUUGAACUCUGGCUAUGAUUAUCCUCAGCCGGCACCACCGGCUCCAGUGAAGUCUUACAUUCCUCCCCCACCACCACCGCCACCACCAGCACCAAAGAACACCUAUAUCCCACCACCAGCUGCUCCGGCCAAGGCUUACAUUCCACCCCCACCACCACCACCACCACCAGCACCAAAGAACACCUACAUUCCACCAGCACCCGUUGCAGCUCCCGUUGAGACUUACAUUCCUCCAGCACCACCAGCACCCGCAUACAUUCCCCCUGCCCCCGUUCAAGCCGAGGAGCCCAUCAUUGAGGAGAUCGAACAACCUGCCCAGGAUGGUUAUCGUUACAAGACUGUGCGCCGUCGCGUCUUCCGUCACCGCAACUAA